GCGGCAGCACCGGCUCAGGGCCGAUCAGUUGGCGCCGCCAGUUCGCUAGAGCCUUGAAGGAGCUGCCGGAACCCAGCCCCAGCCACGCCCAGCGGGCCCUCCCAGGCCCCGCGCCUCCUCCUCUCAGUCCUCUACCGUGACUACAGCACUCCCAGCAGUCUCGCCCCGUCUCUUCUCUUCCUGAGCUUGGCCCCGCCUCUGCAGUUCCAGGCCACACCCUCGGGCUCCGCCCCCUCCUCCUGCCAAUCAAACCCACCCUGGCACCGCCCCAUCGCCCUCCUCCCGUCUUCUCGCUAGCCUUGGCGCGGCCCGUUGUUAUGACGACACGGUCGUAAAUCCGCCAUCUUCCUGCGGCGCGUUGCGACAUGGAGGGCGCGAUGGCAGUGCGGGUAACGGCCGCGCAUACGGCAGAAGCCCAGGCCGAAGCCGGGCAGGAAGCGGGCGAGGGCGGGGUCGCGGCGGCGGCGGCCUUGGCCCCCGGUGGCUUCCUCGGCCUCCCGGCGCCCUUUAGCGAGGAAGAUGAGGAUGAUGUGCACCGAUGUGGCCGCUGCCAGGCGGAGUUCACCGCCUUGGAGGACUUUGUUCAGCACAAGCUCCAGAAGGUCUGCCAGCGGGUGCCCCAGGAGGCCCUGCCUGCCACCACUGCUGCUGCGCUGCUGGGUCAGGAGGUGGAGCCAGCAGCAGCAGGGUCAGAGGAGCCCAUCACUGUGGCCCACAUCGUGGUGGAGGCAGCUGCUCUCACGGCAGACAUCAGCCAUGCUCCUGACAUUGUCGGUGGUGGACACAUCAAAGAGGUCAUCGUGGCCUCGGAGGCGGAGCCAGGGGACAGCGGGAUGGCAGAGGCCCAGGGCAGCCCCAACUGUCAGGGGCCUGGGCUCUCAGGGGAGGGUGAGCAGGCCCAGGUCAAGCUGCUGGUGAACAAGGACGGCCGCUACGUGUGCAUGCUGUGCCACAAGACCUUCAAGACGGGCAGCAUCCUUAAGGCCCACAUGGUCACCCACAGUAGCCGAAAGGACCACGAGUGCAAACUGUGUGGGGCCUCCUUUCGAACCAAAGGCUCACUCAUCCGGCACCACCGGCGGCACACAGAUGAGCGCCCCUAUAAGUGUGCCAAGUGUGGGAAGAGCUUCCGUGAGUCGGGUGCGCUGACCCGGCACCUCAAGUCUCUCACCCCGUGCACUGAAAAAAUCCGCUUCAGCAUGAGCAAAGAUGUGGUUGUUGGCAAAGAGGACACUCCCACAGGGCCUGGUGCCUCCACCGUGGGGACUGUUACAUCAUCAGCAAUGACAGGUGGGCCCAUGGAAACUUCUCCUGUGAUUCACCUGGUGACAGAUGCCAAGGGCACUGUCAUCCACGAAGUCCACGUCCAGAUGCAAGAGCUUCCCCUGGGCGUGAAAGCCCUCACCCCAGAGCCCCUCAGCUCCGAGGAGCUUCCCUGUUCCAGCGAGGGCAGCCGUGAGAACCUGCUGCACCAGGCCAUGCAGAACUCCGGCAUUGUCCUUGAGCGGGUCUCUGGGGAGGAGGGAGCCCUGGAGCCAGCCCCUCCCACUGUGUCCAGUCCCCAGCCCCUGGGAGAUGGUCCCCCAGAACUGCCGCUGCUGGAGGUGGAACAGGUGGAGACACAGGUGUCCAGUGAGGCCUCAGCUGUGCCCAGGACCCACCCGUGCCCUCAGUGCAGUGAGACCUUCCCAACGGCGGCCACCCUGGAGGCCCACAAAAGAGGCCACGCAGGGCCGAGGCCAUUCACAUGCCCGCAGUGUGGCAAGGCCUUCCCCAAGGCCUACCUGCUCAAGAAGCACCAGGAGGUGCACGUGCAUGAGCGCCGCUUCCGCUGUGGGGACUGUGGGAAGCUCUACAAGACCAUCGCCCAUGUCCGCGGCCACCGGCGUGUCCACUCAGAUGAGAGGCCCUACCCCUGUCCCGAGUGUGGCAAGUGCUACAAGACCAAGAAUGCCCAGCAGGUGCACUUCCGGACACACCUGGAGGAGAAGCCGCACGUGUGCCCGUUCUGCAGCCGAGGCUUCCGGGAGAAGGGCUCGCUGGUACGGCACGUGCGGCACCACACAGGCGAGAAGCCCUUCAAGUGCUACAAGUGCGGCCGCGGCUUUGCUGAGCAUGGCACGCUCAACCGGCACCUGCGCACCAAAGGGGGCUGCCUGCUGGAGGUGGAAGAGUUGCUGGUGUCUGAGGAGAGCCCCACAGCGGCCGCUGCCGUCCUCGCCGACGACCCGCACACCGUGUUGGUCGAGUUCUCAUCCGUGGUAGCCGACACCCAGGAGUACAUCAUCGAGGCCACUGCGGAUGAUGCAGAGACCAGUGAAGCCACGGAGAUCAUUGAGGGCACCCAGACGGAGGUGGACAGUCACAUCAUGAAGGUAGUGCAGCAGAUCGUGCACCAGGCCAGCGCUGGGCACCAGAUCAUCGUGCAGAAUGUGACCAUGGACCAGGAGGCGGGGCUGGGCACAGAGGCAGCUUCUGCCGACACCAUCACUAUCGCCACCCCCGAGAGCCUGACGGAGCAGGUGGCCAUGACGCUGGCCUCGGCCAUCAGCGAGGGCACUGUGCUCACGGCCCGCUCGGGUACAAAUGGCGCCGAGCAGGCUACUGUGACCAUGGUUUCAUCGGAGGACAUUGAGAUCCUGGAGCAUGCGGGAGAGCUGGUCAUCGCCUCGCCGGAGGGCCAGCUUGAGGUGCAGACGGUCAUCGUCUAACACGGGCGCCUUCAGGGUCCCAGGGGGCUGGGCUGGGGCAGGGGGCGAGGACCCCAAGCGCCCUGCCCCUGCCUGCCUGGCCGAGUACAGAGAAGAUGGGCAUAGAACUCAGGCGUUCAGAGGAGAUGCGGAAGUGUAAAUACACAGAGUUUUUGGUUGCUUUACAAUAAAACAUGAAAACCCGCCGCUUGUGAUGUUGCGGCAGUGGUAGCCUCAGGGGCUGGUGCCACUGCCCUGGC